AUGGAUAUGCUUCGACGAAUCUAUCUCGUCUCAUUGGUGUUAAUUGCAGCAUCGCUUGUUUUCCGGCCCUCUGUAUUGCUCAGACAGAGACCGGAUGGUGCCCCAAAGUGCCACCGCUACAAAAAUGAUGCUGGUUUCAAGUCAUUCUUGCGAGAUCAUCACCCGAAUUAUCAAUCCGAAAAUUUAACUGUAUUCAAAUCAUCAGUUUACAACCAUCGUGAAAAUGCAACUUUUCUAAUGUUGACUCAAAACCACGAUUUGUAUCUGGUUUUGGAAACAAUACAGGUGGUGCAAGACCGUUUCAACGACAAAUUCAACUACGACUACACUUUUCUCAAUGAUGAACCUUUUUCCUCGGACUUUAUCUACCUUCUCAGUUCUUACAUCCCGCGUGGGAAAAUAAACUUUGGCGUUAUUCCAAAAGAACACUGGUCAUAUCCUGGUCAUAUAAACAUUACUGCUUGUGCUGAAGUACGGAAGAACUUUGCCGAUAUUCCGUAUGGAGAUUCCGAGAGCUACAGACACAUGUGUCGCUUUUAUUCUGGGUUCUUCUACAAGCAUGAGAUGGUGAGGCAAUACCAGUACUAUUGGAGAAUUGAGCCUGAUAUCAAGUUGUAUUGUGACGUCAAUGAGGACUUAUUUCGUAUUAUGAGGGAAAAGAACAAAAAAUAUGGAUUUGCUAUUGCUCUUUUCGAGUAUUCCGAAACUAUACCAACAUUAUGGUCCCAUGUAAUCAAAUACAUCCAAGAACGGCGCUUGCAACCCGAGCUUUUGCCAAUGUUCACCAACGAGUUCGGAUGGUACAAUUUGUGUCAUUUUUGGUCGAAUUUUGAAAUUGCAAAUUUGGAUGUCUUCAAUGAUGCUCAAUAUGAGGACUUUUUCCAGUACUUGGAUUCUGUUGGAGGAUUCUUUUAUGAAAGAUGGGGUGACGCUCCUGUGCAUACAAUGGCAAUGAUGAUAAUGUUGUCGAAAACAGACCUUCAUUGGUUUGAACAGAUUGGGUACACCCAUCCACCAUAUGUGCAAUGUCCCCAGGACCGCAACAUUUAUGUAAAAAACAGAUGUGUUUGCAAUCCGGAUGAGGACAUUACAUUAAACGACGAGAACGGCAAAACCAGAUUGUCCAAAUGGUACCAAACUAUACCCCAGAAACAAAAAGCCAAAAUCAUUCGUGAUUUGUCCACUAUAAUUUUAUCAAGGAGGGCCAAGAUGUGUAACGUGUUGGAAUACAAAGACUUGAAGAUUAUAUACCGAAGAUAUGCCUCGUUAUUCUUUGUCAUUGGGAUUGACAAUGACGAUAAUGAGCUAAUUGGACUAGAGGUGAUUCAUCGAUUCGUUGAACAGAUGGACAAGAUGUAUGGCAAUGUUUGUGAACUAGAUAUAAUAUUUGGCUUUGAAAAGGCGUACCAUGUUUUGGAUGAAUUGUUACUAGAUGGGUAUAUACAAGAGAGUUCGAAAAAGGAGGUGUUGAAACGUGUUACCCAACAAGAUGAAUUGGAAAAUAUGGAUGAAUUUGAAAGAGUUCUCGUUUGA